AUGGCAGAACAAGCUCCAGCCCCAGCCACCGCCCCGGCCAAGGCGGCCAAGAAGAAGGCUCCCAAGCCGAAGAAGGCGGGCCCCAGCGUCAGCGAGCUCAUCGUUACAGCUGUGUCCGCGUCCAAGGAGCGGAGCGGCGUGUCCGCGGCCGCCCUCAAGAAGGUCCUGGCUGCAGGAGGAUACGAUGUGGACAAGAACAAGGCCCGCGUCAAGACUGCUAUUAAGAGUCUGGUGGCAAAGGGCACUCUGGUCCAGGUUAAGGGAACCGGGGCCUCCGGAUCUUUCAAGAUGAGCAAGAAGGUCGCAGAGAAGAAACCGGCUAAGAAAGUCGCUCCUAAAGCCAAGAAACCUGCAGCGGCCAAGAAGCCUAAGGCAGCGGCAGCUAAGAAGCCAGUAGCCGCUAAGAAGUCCCCGAAGAAGGUCAAGAAACCCGCGGCGGCCAAGAAACCAACCAAGAGCCCCAAGAAGGCCACCAAGAGCCCCAAGAAGGCCACCAAGAGCCCCAAGAAGCCCACCAAGAGUCCUAAGAAAGUGGUCAAGAAGGCUCCUGCAGCCAAGAAAGCCCCCGCAAAGAAGGUUGCCAAGCCUAAAGUCAAGAAGGUAGCAGCCAAGAAGAAGUGAGCUGGGACCACCGAAGAUCUUAAAACUAAAGGCUCUUUUAAGAGCCACCCACAUCACACACUGAAGAGAGGAGUCCUGUUCAUUCAUGUCACAUUUAACACAUUCACUCAAUAACAGAGAUAUUGAGUCUUAUUCACUGAGCUCUAUGUCACCUCGUAGGCACAUUCAAUCAAACUUAUUACAAUCACAGCAGACGUGACAAACAUGUAACAUCAACAGGCCUGAUUCAAUAAGUCCUGUUGAAAAACAAACCUUGCUCAGCAGCGUUCUUAUGACAGGACUUAAUCCAUCAUGACAUGACAAACAUUCCAAGCUAUGCACAAGCUAUGCACUUCUUUAACAAACAUGCUCUCUGUUUGGAUUUCCAAUCCUCAUCCUUCAUGUACUGAUCAUGAAUAAAGAUGUUUCUCUCACUGUCUUUACAAAU